GAGCAGGGCAGGGAUGUGAUUGGCUGAGGGAAACACCAGCUCUGAAUGAGGCAGAGGAUGCCGGAGCGCCCGUGCAGCCAGUGAGUUCAUAGGCUGGUGCAAAGAGGGGACGUCGCUUUAUUCUAGUAAAGCUGCCGUUAUCACAGUCCUACCUGGAAACUGAAAAAAAAAGAAAGAAAGAAAAAGAAACACUCUUGUACUGAGGGUAGAUGCAUAUUCCUGCUCGUCCCAGUGUGAUGUUCCGGCUGCAUGAAUGUUGUAAAAUCCCUCUCACCACCACCACUUGCACAGACACGUCCUCUCAGGAGUGAUGGGCUCCAAGUUGACCAGACAGAGAAGUCUCGAUUUUGAGAGCAAACUGUCCAAGAGGAGACGCCAGACAAAUGACGUCCCCGCAGACAGCGAGACAAGUGGAGCAGAGAGCAGAGACGUGUUGUUUACCUCUUUGAUGCUCAAGUCCGACAAGAUACCAGGGAUGCUGCGUAAAAGCAACCAGAGCCCGUAUGUCAGACGCGUGGCGUGGAUCCGGGAAAUCCAGAGGCUUUUUCGGGAGCAAAAAAGGGAGCAAGCAGCUGAGGUGCUAAAACUGCUGAGGAAGGACUUGGGCCUCCAGGGGUCUUCACUCAACGACAUCUUGUACAAGAAUGCAGCUUUCCUCAACCUGGUCGACCCCAUUUCCCACGAGCUGCUGCUCAGUCUGGCCCGAGACCUGCAAUGUCCAAAAAGGGAGACUCACUCCUUCAAGUCCACCAACAAGAUCUGCCGCCAGCUGCUGUACCACCUGACCCCUCACUCCAAGUGGACGAGGCACAGCGUGCCCAGGAGAAAGUCUCAGGCUUGGCGCUGACUCAGCAUGUCCGACCUCUGCACUGCCUCAAAGGUCAACCCCUAAGGCGUAGGCAAACGAUUCUACAAAACUAUAUAUUUAAGGUUUCUUAAGAGUUUGUCUUCCGCACUCACAUCUCUAUUUGGAUUAGAAGUGGUCCACUUGACUGCACGCAGCACUCCAUCUACUUUCUGUUUGACCUCCACUUUUAAUAGGGACUUAAAGAUCUUGCCACCGUCCUCAUCCAUGAAUAAUUGAGGGCUUCUCGUGGUGCAGACACAGAUGCUGGAGGAUGUGGGGAAGAGAGGAAGGAGGGAGAGAGAUGCUCAGUAUUCAUUUCUCCACUCUUAGGGGCAAUAAAGACAUUAAUUAUGAUAAAAAAAAAGAAACUGUGUUGAUCGGCACACACAUAAUUUAACAGUUUUUUGUUUGUUUUUUAAUCAUGCACGCUGAUUUCAAUGACAGCAUUUCUAGACUUCCAUUUUAACCCCUCUUAACCUGUCAUUGAUUAGAUUGGAUUUAAGUGUAAAUCUGCUGCUGCUGCUGCUGCUGCUGCUGCUUGAGAAUAAAAUAAACAAGGAUUCAUGAUGAUCUGUGGGUGAUGAGUCUUUAAGGGAUUAUAAAUACACACACACACAUACUAUUAAGCCCCCCAGUUAGUGUUGAGAGUCCUGCAUUCGGCUGCCGGUUUCAUAACCGUGCCUUGACAUAAUACAGCAGACACAGGAGAGCACACUCCUCCAUGAUACGCAGUUAUGUAACGCAAACUGUUUUCGACGUGUUCUGUCGCAGUGUUUCUUUCCUCCUCGGCAUCCAGUUUGUCGCCUCAAAUCAAAUCAUGUGGUGAAUUUAUAGCUCGGCGGUGGAGUACAUUUUGCAUUUUCCACGCUGCACACUGGCAUUAUGGUACAUUGUGCGCCGAGCAGUUUCAUAAUCGUUGGCACGGCGGUGGGAGAAUGCUUUGAUCUGUGGUCGGCAGUCACAUCUCAUUAGGUGUAAUCCACGUCACCUCCAUGUUGUUAUUUUUGGUGUUAACUCAGGAUAGUGGAGUGGAUUAAAGUGCACCUUUUCCUUUGUGCAA